UUUGCCCGUCUCAUGUUCACUUGUCAUCGGGAGCUGCUUGAUGUUGGCAGAGAUUUUGUAAGCAGAAAAUUUGAGGACGCGUCUCUGACCUACAAAAUAGGAAAUUUCAAACAAGUGUUACUUUUUGAAGUAAACGGUUUUGAGUGGUAAAAGCAGCCCGUUUCGGCCAAGUUAUUCAAUCGAGAAAAGAUGGCAGAUUCUGAUGAUGAGUAUGACCGCAAGAGACGCGACAAAUUUCGCGGUGAGCGAAGCGCCGGUGAUAGCUACGCCCGUGGAGCGGAUCGCGCUGACCGGUCCCGUGGUCGGGAUGAUUGGCCGGAAAGAGGCAGACCAAGGCCGGACUAUCGGGACUACCGACCACCGCCACGAGAUCGUGGCUAUUCGCCAACUCGCGAAGGCCCUCCAAUGAAACGAAUGCGUGGUGAUGCGUGGGGCGACGAGGGAAGGCAACGUUUCGUUGGUGAGUUUUCCAGAAGACACGAUAAUUACGGGAUGUAUGGCUACGGGCAUGAUCAUUUCGGGAUGCACCCUUCCGCAGGACCAUACGGUCAUCAAGGUCCUGCGCACCAAAGGGGACAACAACCCGCCGGCGACAUGCAAACUCAGCCCUGCAUGAUGAACCUCAAACAGUUCUUGGACAUACAGGAUGAUUCCAUUGAUGAUUCGGUUGCUCUCCAGAAGUACAAUGACUACAAGUUGGAAUUCAAGCGCCAACAGUUGAACGAAUUCUUCGUAGCACACAAGGACGAGGAAUGGUUCAAAAUCAAGUACCAUCCCGAGGAAUCGAUGAAACGGAAGGAUGAGCAGCUGGGCUUUCUGAAGCGCCGCUGCGAUGUUUUCAUUGAUCUGCUCGAGUCCAACGAUGUCACGAAAGUUACAGUGGACACGACCAACUCGGACGCGCUGCUUCGACUGUUGGACACGGUUGUCAUCAAGCUGGAGGGAGGCACCGAGGAGGAUCUAAAGGUGCUCGACGAGAAGCCGGUGGAGAUUGUAAAGCCGUUCCUUCCGGAGAAACCCAAGGUUGUGAUCAGGACGGAUCCGAUUGAGGAUUUGAUAAAGAAGGAAAAGAUUGACGAGGAAAGGCCAAAGGGUGAGAAUGAAGACGAAAUUGAGUUGAAAGAGCCAAAACAAGAAGAGGAAGAAGAAGAAGCGGAAGACGAGAGUGAGAAGCCGUUGUCGCUGGAAAAGAACUCUGAGGAGACUGAACCGGUCGAACAGGAGGAACCCAAAGAGCCUGACAAUGAGGACGAUUCUGCAAGAAAAAAGGAUCGUCGGAAGAGGAGCCGCUCUGAUUCGGCCUCCAGCUCAUCGUCAUCCUCGUCGUCAAGUUCAAGCGACUCGGAAGAUGAGAACAACAAGGACAAGGAAAAGAAAGAUGACAACGAAGAGAAGAAGGACGACGAGGAGAAAAUCGCCGAAAGUCCGAAGCCAGUGGAGGAGGAAAAUGUGACUGAAAAUAAUGGUCACAAGAGUGGUGGCGAGGAAGAGGAAUCCGCUGAAAAGGAUAACAGCGAGAUACAGGAAAAGAUGGAUACAGGGGAGAACACUUCAGUUGAGGACAAGAAAGACGAUGACGAACAUAAAAACAACACUUCAAUGGGGGAAACAGAUGAAGUCGCUAAAAAGGCCACUCACGAGGAGGAGGGAGAGGAAGGAGACAAACCGGAAACCAUCGAUUUGGUCAAAGAUACCAAUUCAAAUGGCGCCCCACGUGCUUUGCAUCGCACCAGUUCCAUUUUCUUGCGGAAUUUGGCACCCUCAAUAACGAAGGCGGAAGUGGAGGCGAUGUGCAAACGUUACAACGGAUUUUUGCGUGUGGCCAUUGCGGACCCUCUUCUUGAGAGAAGAUGGUUCCGUCGCGGUUGGGUUACUUUCCGACGGGAUGUAAAUAUUAAAGAAAUUUGCUGGAACCUGAACAAUAUUCGUUUAAGGGACUGUGAGUUGGGGGCGAUUGUUAACAAGGAUUUGAGUAGACGGGUUCGGCCGGUAAAUGGAAUCACUUGUCACAAGACGAUUGUGCGGAGUGAUAUAAAGCUCUGCGCGAAGAUCGCUCACAAUUUGGACGACAAAGUUGGCUUGUGGAAAGACUCGGAAGGCAAUGGAGAGGAAAAUAAUGGUGAAUCGUUUGGAUUGCAAUCGAAAAAUCCCGUUCUGCAGAAUAUUACGGACUACUUAAUCGAGGAGGCUUCAGCGGAAGAGGACGAACUGCUCGGGCUGUCAGUUGACACCAAGAAAGCUAGCGACGGCGAGUUGGUGGAACGCGAUCCGCAACUGAUCGAAGUGUUGGACAAAUUGAUUCUCUAUCUUCGCGUGGUUCACUCGGUUGAUUUCUAUAACCACUGUGAGUAUCCGUAUGAGGAUGAGAUGCCCAACCGUUGCGGAAUCAUCCAUGCCCGGGGUCCCCCACCGCAGAAUAAAAUUACCUCCAAUGAAAUCCAAGAGUACAUCCGCACGUUCGAGAACAAGAUGGGAUCGUUCCUGACCAGAAUUGGCGAAGUCCAGUUGGAGGAACUGCAAAAGCUCGGAGCGAAAGAUGCCGAGGCCGAGGUGGAAAAGUUCAUCCAAGCUAACACGCAGGAACUGGCCAAGGACAAGUGGCUCUGUCCGCUGUCGGGUAAGAAGUUCAAGGGUCCCGACUUUGUGCGGAAACAUAUUUUCAACAAACACGCGGAGAAGGUUGAUGAGGUGCGCAAAGAGGUGGAGUACUUCAACAAUUAUCUGAAGGAUAUUAAACGGCCGCAGCUACCCGAACAUCCGGGUAACACUAAGAAGCCAUCGACCGAGGCGGCUCUUCCCCAAGCCGGUUAUCGUCCACCUUAUGGAAUGUCUCAUGGGUAUGCACCGAUGUAUGCUCCCUAUGCACCACCAAUGAUGGCCCCAGGAGGCCGUGGUAGGCCAGGAUAUGGACGCGGUGGAAGGGAAUCAAUGACAGAAAUUCGUCGACCAAUCGUAGCGUACGGCGACUUAGACAUGCCCAAUUUCAGCGAUAGUUUUUUGUAGACCAGCUACAAUACACGUGUGGGUGCGGUACGGUACUGCGGGUUCACGUGAAUCGUGUGAAUCUAGUUGUAGAAUAAAACAUCUUUUAAUAUGUAAUAUAAUACCACUUUUGUCGAAUAUCAUGACCGUAAACGAGGGACGCUUCCAAAGUACUCUCGCAUUGCUAGUUCCAGAAAUGGCACCUUAAAAAUAAAGUGUUCAUGUCGCUAAAUA